UCGUUGUUUCUUUAUUUCGUCAUCCCGCUCCACCUGUGAGAUAACUUCAAGGUGUUACUGUAAAGACAGUGAGAGAGUACGACUCCCCCCCUUCCCCCCCGCGUAGGGAGCAAACUCUGCAGCAGUCCUCAUUAAAAUUCCCUGCCCGUACACACUCCACGAAAUCCCCCGUUAGUGGGUGGCACCGGCGUCCUACGCGCCUCUCUCUAAUUGCGCACCACGCACUAACGAGCCAUCACGCAUCACUGUUUCGUCCACGGUGUCCGCGGAGACUCGAGGCGGAGAGUUCCCUUCGUGUCCCGUUAUUCACGGCCGUCAGGAGUGAGGGAGGGGGAAAAAAAAGAAGAAAAAAAAAGGUGGGCGCAGAGGUCCGGCGAGGGGUGGCGCCCUAAACGCAUCUGAUCGUCGGGCGCUUGGACACGCUGUGCCGCCUGCGACCCACAGCGACACGGUCCGCUCCCGCAGUCUACUGGCUCAGUUUCUGCAGCUCAUGACUGUGACACUUCGUCGGUGGGGGACUGGAAACAUGUGCGUUUGGAUGGUGUGACACGGCUUGCUUUUGGGGUUCGUUUCUCUCGGAUACGCCAAGUACCCGACGUUACGGCGCACCUUGUGUAGGAGACACACGUGGUCAUCACCCGGCGGGAAAUCUCUGGACCUUGGACGGACUGUGCGGAUGUUGCUCCUCGCGUUCUCUCGUCCCAGCUGGCUCUCAGCGCUCUCUGCUGCAACACUGAAGGAAGCGAGAGAACCAUGAGCACUGUGGAGGAGGAGCCGGAUCACAUGAUACCAUGAAGACAAGCCUGCAGGUCCUGCGCUGCCAGCUGCUGAGUGUUCUAGCAUUCCUAGCACUGCCAGUAGGACUGGUGUCAUCAGCACAGGAGCUGUACUUCAUACAGACAUCCCAGGACUCUGUCUCCAUGGCAGUCACCCACAGCAGCCCCCUGUCUGCCCCAAAACCUGACCCCUUGGACUGGCAUCAAGAAGGCUCCAGUAGUGGGGAAUGGACAUCCAAAGGAGGCACUCAACCAUCAAGCAUCAUUCUCCCCACUGCCAUAGUCCAACCUUUGGCCUUGCUUCACACAACCCAAAGUUCCGGUCCUGCUCAUGUUGAUCCUCCCAUUGAUGAAUCGAAUACAGUCACCCCUAACACUGUGAGCACUGACAGUCUUGUGGUUCAGCCCCUGGAGCUUGGCUAUGAUAUUGUAAACCAAGGCAAAAUGCACAAAUUGGUCAAAGCCCUUCAAGUCCAAAGGCCAGUAACUGUCAGCGCUAACCAGGCCAGCACCAGCAUCCCAGAAUUUCUCAGCACAGCAGCCCCAAAUGUGAAAUCUACUCCUAGAGGGGCUCCAGACCCCCUUCCUCUUAUGUCCAGCUCUGCAUCAGACAGAGGAGACACACUCAAAGUAGAACCACAGAGGUUGAGCUUGGACGCACCUUCUAUGCCCGGUCGUCAGUAUGUUCCCAGAUCCUCCCUGUCACCCUUUUCCUCUUCUGCAAAUGAUGCUGACCCCAUACUACGCCCGUAUCUCAGGGAGCACGCUGGGGGUGCUGCACACCAUGCAAUCACCCUGAGGGAGGUGCCUGCAGAGAACGAGCCCCCCACUGUGGUGGCGCAGCCUCUCAGCAUCAAGAAUUCAACAAUCACCCCAAACAACCAAACUUCACCCAACGAGACCACCACUAAGAUGGAGGGUCAAGUUGUAAUAGGAAACACCACAGACAAUGCCCCUCUGGGACGCUGGUUGGGGAAUGUAACUACUUAUGGUGGGCUGUUCGCCAAUGACAGCUCAGUUGAGGAGAUGCCCGCUCAGGGGAACAGCUCAGAGUCCCCUUCCACAGCCAGUGGGAAUUUCCUAAACAGACAGGUUCCCGCCACAACCCAAGACCCCUGUAUGCCUUGCAACAGCUCAGGCCCGACUGUGGACUCCCGCCUGACAAUCUGCCUGAGCAGGAUGGACGUUGUGUGGAUCGUGCUGGCCAUCACUGUGACUGUGUCCUCGUGUUCUGUUCUUUUGACCGUGUGCUGCAUGAGGAGGAAGAAGAAGUCAUCGAGUCAGGAGAACAACCUCAGCUACUGGAACAACGCCAUCACCAUGGACUACUUCAGCAGGCACGCCGUGGAGAUGCACUGAAUUAUUUUCUUUGUGCAUUUGCAGGAGCAUGACACCUGUCUACCCCCUAACGGAGACUACAGCGGCAGCAGCAUGGUCCUUGUUAACCCUUUCUGCCAGGAGACCCUCUUCAUCAACAGAGACAAAGCGUCUGCCAUCUAGAGACUGAAAAAAGACUGACUCCCCCCCCCCCCCCAUCUUCUACUCCCCCUGCUGUUGUCGUCUAUUUUAUAUAAGUGGUAAAUAUUCAGAGACUUUAUACUGUAUAUGAUUAAAAAAAACACACACAAAGAGAAACCAGAAAGAAGAGCGAUGUAAACAGACAUUAUUUACUAUGAGAAUGCACCCACAUAUUUUUCUGAUGUACAUUUUCUACAAAAGGCUUAAUUGUGAUAAAAGGUUUUUAUUGUCUUUAUAAAAAUACAGAGUAUAUGUGCUUUUGUUUCGUUAGAGUGGCUUGAUGGUGAGUGCACUGGAGCUGUCGCCACACAAAAUCUGCUUUAGAGAGAGAAUCCUGCGAUGAAAACAUUAAAGCUGUACUUUGUAAUGUUGUUUUUUCCUUUAAAAUAAAUCCCAAAAUUCUUAUAGUUAUUAUAGCCUGUUGAACUUGAAUAUAGCACCUAUGUACUAUGGGGGGGGGGGGGGGCAGAGAUUGGUUACAUAAAAGUGUUACUGUAGAUCCUGGCCCGUGUUUAUCAGACUGAACACGAUACCAGGAACCAGAAAAAGUUCUUUAAAUUGACUCAUCUUUGGACAUUUGGUUUGGAAACAGCCAAUCAGAGACACAGAUUUGCUCUACUCUACGUCUGCCCGCUUGGUCAUUCUGUUAACUAACCCCUACAAGUUAUUCACUGGGACUGCAGUAGCACAUAUAUGUGAAAUUAGCUCAAAUAACAUGUGUUCAUGUUACAUUAUUAUGUUAAAAAUAACAUGUUUUAUUCACAGUUUUCAGAGAUCAGACAAAUUCUGGACUCAAUUAUUCAUGUGAAUAAAACAAAAGCUGAUGAUAAAAAAUCAGACGACAGCAUGAGAAUAGAUCAAGACAAGAUCAGAAGUCAGACAUUUAUAACAGCUUUAUUGAUAUUAACUUUUAGGGGGUUUUAUGCUUUUAUUUUGGAGACAGGACAACAGAGUCAGAAAUCAGGAGAGAGCGAGAGAGUUGGAUUUUGAACCUGGGCUGCCCAAUUGAGGCCUCCGUACUGUACAUGGGGCGUGCGAUCUAACGGAAAGCUACCAGUGCCCCUUUGUUAAUAUCCUUACACAGAUCUUUGGUGGUUUUGUUUAACUCAACAGUGAACUGAGUGGCAGCACCUUAUCUGUUUUACUCUCUUCAUGUCUCUUCUUGCCCACAGCAGCAGAGAAAAGAGAUCGAUAAAAAAUAAGGAUUGAACAUCAGUAUGGCAGAAAAAAAACAAAAUUAGAGACUAUCUGUUAAGCAUAAUAAAGCAAAAUAGGAAAAACCUUUGCACAUCCAUUUCAUAAGACAGUUGUGUAGGAGAGCAAUGAGUCCUUCAAAAACUUAAAGGUAAACUCCCGCACACUGCCUUAUCUGCAAACAAACAUUUAUUGGCAAUGUCUCAGUACUAGACCUUCAUCAGGCAAAGCUAGUGAAACGUUGCCAAUAAGCAUAAUAAAGCAACAUUAGCAAUUAUUGUCAAAUAUUUCUCUUGAGAGUUGUUAUAGCAACCAAAACAUAAAUAGAAUAAAUUGUUAUUGCUACAAUAAUCAGAUCGAAAAAUGUUAGAGGAUUAUUCAACAUAAUGUGAUACAUUCAAAAAAUAUCAAAUUAAAAUGUGAGCAUGUGUCAAUGAUGUAUUCUCAAAUCCUCUCUGCUGCCCCCUAGUGACCAAAAUAAACCUGUCUGUGUAUGUCUGAGCUGUUUUGGAAAGGUUACAUAUAUGAUGAAGUUUAGAAAAAAAAUGUUAAUCCACCUAAGAAAUAAUGAUUACAUGAAUACAUUAAAUUACAGGAAAUAAUAAGGUAAUCAUUAAAGCUGAAUUUAAGAUGCAUCAUUUAGUGCAAACUAGAACAGUGGAUAAAUUCUGCUGCUGGAUAAGGUACUUCAGAGAAAUAAUAUUACACUGGGAAUUUAACUUCCAGUCCGACCAGUGCAGUAAUUGCAAACUCGCAGAUACGCCCCUGAUAGCUCUGCAGUUUUUCUAGAUUUAACAGCACUAUGAUGUCAUAAGGAAUUUGAUUCAAAGCUUUUAUUCUCAACUUUGAGAGGAAGAUUAACGGACUCUUAAGUCCAAAGGUUUGGUUUGAUAAAUAAGGGCUCUGAUAUUAAUGGUUAAUUUGAGCAGUAUAUUUCGGCUGUGUUUGGGUCAAUAUUCUAAAAAAAAAAGUAUUUCCCCCCCUCAUGUGUCACCAGCUUCUCUUUAGAGGGACCACAUAGAUGUCUUAAAUCCUUGUGUUGGCCCUUCAUAUCAGUGUAUGUGUGAACGAGCGCCCUGUUUGUGCAUGUGUGUGCGUGUUAAGUGUGGAUGGAUAUGUUUAAAUGUGCCACCCCCUUAACCAAAUAUCACUGUUUUAAAGUCAAACAAGACUCUGUAUCACUUUCAGCUCAGUUGGGUCUGUUUCUCUGUAUGUUAAUGUGUGUGCCUCUGUGUGUGUGAGUGUGUGUGUGUGUGUGUUUGUCUUUCGUGUGUCAUGUGGAGUGGUUUACUGAUUGCCCGGUGUGAGAAGGAAUUUCUAAGCGCUGUAGGAAACAAUUAGACCACCCUUGCUACUGUAAAUGUCUCCCUCCAUGAAUACCGUGUUUGUCCAUCGAGGCAAAAAUGUGUUUGUUGAAAUGUUGAAUGCUUGUGAGUCGCCGGACAACAGAAUAUGUGUUAGAGGCCGUCAGAGAACCAUAAUGUAUGCUGAAUACUUUACUGUGAGCACAUACAGAGGCAGUUUAAUCAGAAAUAUUUGAAUUUUUUUCUUUGAUUUUUGGGACGUCUGCGGUCCUUCUAUCAUCAGUUUUAUUUCAUUCAUGCAGUUUUGUAUUCAGUAAUCAAUGCUGCCUGCCUGCCUCUGUCGUUGCUGAAGACGUUUUGCAUUGUGAGAUGUUGUUCUGAAAUCGCGGAUGUUGGAUAACAAGGUUAAAACAUAUUGGUGGUAUUUCCUGCAUUGGACGCUCACAGCCCGGGCUUCUUGUUUUGCACGCUCAAAAGUGAAUAUUUUACAAAAACGUUCAGUGACACGGUGGAGCAGUGUUCAAUAUGAUGUAUUUUUUUGUACUGUAGUAUACACUGUACUUUUUACUGCUGAGCAAUAAAACAAAGAAAAAUCAACAAUGA